UGUCAGCAUGCAGUGAGAAAUGCUCCAAGAUAAUUUUAUUUUCAUAAUUAUUUUGUCCUUCAGUGUUUCUGAAGGUCCGGCGUACACGACAACAAUGACUAAUAGUUUUGCCCAAGAUAUAGUUGAGCAACGCUCUGGUCCAGUAGGUGGCGCUAACACAUUUUUGUGUUGUUUACCAAUCGCUAAAAACAGAAAAAGAAAAAAAAGCAUACGGCGGGUCAAGAUGGCGGCGUUCAAUGUGGAGCGUUGGCUGGAGGACUUGCCAAACCAUGCAAUAUUCAGAAAAAUUCAGGAGAAGUCAGAUUCCCAAUACGAUAGAAAUUACGCGAGAAUUUCCAAGAAUCUUAUUUUCUGUUUGGGCGGAGACUUCUUCGUGUGGGACGACACGGACCGUAUGUUCUACACUACCAACCUGAGGCAGAUGAACUCGAACGAAAGCGGCAGCAGCGGGAACUUCCAGACCCUGAUGUGCAUCAACCCUCCUCUCUUCGAGGUAUGUCAAGUGUUGCUCAGUCCUGCUCAGCACCACGUCGCCCUAGUCGGCCACCGGGGCGUCUCCGUACUGGAACUGCCUCAGCGGUGGGGUAAGAGGUCCGAGUUCGAGGGCGGACGGAGCGAGAUUAACUGUAAAACCAUUUCCGUGGCGGAACGCUUCUUCACCAGCUCACAGUCAGUGAAACUUCGCCAGGCUGCGUGGUACCCCAGUGAGACAGAUGAGCCUCAUCUGGUGCUGCUAACGUCCGAUAACACCAUCAGAUUUUACGGUCUGAAAUCGCCCCACACUCCAACCAACGUUCUGUCAUUGUCACAAACGGAUGAGGACAUCAGCCUCCACCCUCCAGUCUGCUCCUAUGCAGCAUCUCUCGGUGAGAUUGCAGUUGCAUUCGACUUUGGGCCUAUGUUGUCUCCUCGAAAACAGGCAUUGAGGACCUCCAAAGACCAGCAGGUCUAUCCUUUGUACAUCCUUUAUGAAAAUGGGGAGACGUACAUAAGUUACACAAGCCGGGCCAGUGGUGUUAACAUCAAAAAACCUGUUGGACCCCUUCCCAUGUAUCCUGCUGCAGAGGACAACUAUGGAUAUGAUGCAUGUGCUAUUCUGUGCCUGCCGUGUGUUCCCAGCAUACUGGUGAUCUCCACAGAAACAGGUACACUGUAUCACUGUGUGGUGCUGGAGUCUGAAGAGGAGGAGGACACGCGGCCAGUGGAAAUGUGGAUCAGAGGCAGCGAAGCAGUGCCUGCACUUUAUGUUUUUGAGUGUGUUGAAUUGGAGCUGACUCUCAAAGUAGCUGCAAGCGAAGAGGAGGAGCAACAUGAAGUUGAUUUCACCUGCCCUAUCCGGCUUCACCAAGACCCCCUGUGUCAACACAGGUAUCACUGCACCCACGAGGCAGGAGUACACAGUGUUGGGUUAAUCUGGGUCAACAAGCUGCAGAAGUUCCUCCAUUCAAACGAGGAGGAUAAGGACAGUCUGCAGGAGCUGGCUGCUGAGAAGCGAUGCAUCGUUGAGCAUAUUCUGUGCACCAGGCCCCUCCUGACCAGUCAGUCUUCUCCUGUCCAUGGUUUUUUGAUUGUGUCUGAUCUCUCCCUGGGUGCCACCAUGAUCUGCAUCACCAGUACCUUUGAGUGUAUCCUGCUGCCACUGCUGAGCUCGAUUCGCCCAUCUUCACCCCCCCUGCUUUGUUCCCAUCCAGGCCCAGGCCCUGCUAGCUCCCCUCUUCGUGUGCUUGCAAACGACUCCUUUGAGCAGCACAUACGCAACAUCCUGGCGCGUAGCUCUACCAAUCCCCUUGUGCUGAAGGCUGGGGACAGAGAUACAUCACCGCCCCCACCGGAAUGUCUACAGCUCCUCAGCAGAGCCACGCAGGUGUUCCGGGAGGAGUACAUUCUCAAGCAGAAUAUGGCCCGAGAAGAAAUGCAGAAAAGAGUCAAACUCCUGACAGGCCAGAAGAACAAGCAGCUAGAGGAGCUUUCUCUGUGCAGAGAGGACAGGAAGAGUCUGACGGAGGCAGCAGAAAGACUGGCUGAUAAGUAUGAAGAUGCAAAAUACCGCCAGGAAACCAUCAUGAACAGGGUUAAAAAAGUGCUGGGCAGCCUGCAAAGCCAACUUCCCAAUCUGUCCAGCAGUGAGAAGGACAUGAAGAAAGAGCUGCAAACCAUCAGCGAUCAACUGAAGCACAUGGACAACUGCAUCAAACAGGUGAACAUGAAGAUGGAGUACCAGAAGAAACAAGUGGAGAAGGAUGUGCCGGGAGCCAGGGCGACUGUGUCACUUAAUGCCCACCAAAAAAAGGUUGUGCAGGAGGUCCUCAGAGAACAGGGACAGCAAAUCAGUGACAUGAUGAAGCAGAUAAAAGACAUCAAAAACCACUUCAGUUUCUAGACUCUGCUGAAAACACAUACAACUUAGGGAAAUGUUUGAAAUGUCCAUUUGUUAUUCUGUAACCACCUCAGUUGUGUUCAGUUCAAUUAACAAAACUCCUGUGCUUUGUUCAACAGGCAUUUAAAUGAACGGCCAUUUCAUGGACACUGAUAUAAUAAACAUUUUCAUUAGAAGUUUCUCAGAUUCUUUGUAGAGAUAAAGCAGUUUGUCAUAAUGUAGACCAAUGCUUUUAACCUCUUUUUUUGCCAAGGUUUAAUUUUUUUGGUGUGUGAUUUAUAUUUGCCAGGUGUGGUCUCAUAUUUUGUGAUAAAACAACAGAUAUUUUUUCAUGAUUUGGUAUUGUUUUAGAUAAAUAAACAAAUGUACUUAUAAUAAACAUUAAAGGACUCAAGAUAA